UAACUUUGAGUAUGGACUGGAAAUACAAAUUAUUCUGAGCCUGAUACUCACUGUAUCCAGAACUGAGAGCGUUAACUCCCAGGAGUACAAAGUGCUGUUUGUCUUUGAUAAAAUGGAACUUUCAGUUUCGUUUCUUGUUCAGUUGCUGUUCCUGCUCUCAGUGAUGGCGGCUGCUGAUCUGAGAGACGAGCUGAGCUGCUCCAUCUGCCUGAGCAUUUAUACUGAUCCUGUAUCCCUGCCGUGUGCCCAUAACUUCUGCCGGGGCUGUAUUGGGAGGGUGCUGGGCACCCAGGAGGGAUCUGGGCCUUAUUCCUGCCCUGAAUGCAGACAUGAGUUUAAGGAGCGCCCUGCCCUGCCCAGGAACAGAACUCUGGGGAACAUAGCAGAGCGAUUCCUUUCUGCUCAGCCCGAGCCGGGGGACACUGGGAUCCCCUGCACCUACUGUGACUCCCAUGUACCUGCUGUUAAAACUUGUCUGCACUGUGAGGCUUCUCUGUGUAAUAAGCACCUGAGGAUGCACAGCAAGUCAGCAGAACAUGUACUGACCCAACCCACUGAUUCCUUCAUGGAGAGAAAAUGUUCUGUACACAAGCGGAUCCUGGAGUUUUACUGCUGCGAGACCUGUGUCUGUGUGUCCUGCUGUCUGGCCGGAGAGCACAGGGGCCACAGGGUGGAGCUGCUGAGUGAGGCCUCUGAGAAGAAGAAAGAGACACUGAGGAAAGUUGUGGAGAAACUGAGGCCAGAGAGAGAGGAGACUGAGAGAGGAGCCCAGCGACUGCAGGAGUGCAGGAGAGAAGUGGCAGAAAAAGCAGCCGGUGAGACAGAGAGAGUCACUGCCCUGUUUAGAGACAUCAGGGAACAACUGGAAGCCCUAGAGAAGCGACUCCUGAGUGACAUCUCCAGCCAGAAAGAGAAGCUCUCACUCACACUCACUGAUCUGAUGGAGCAGCUGGAAAUAAAGAAGGACGAGCUGUCCAGGAAGAUCCGUCACAUUGAGGAGCUGUGCAACAUGGCAGAUCCACUCACUGUCCUACAGGAACGGGAAUCACAUGGAGCUGCAGAUAAUGAGGGGGGCAGAGAGAGACAUGAUAUAAAGGUCCCUGCUGUAGGGGAUCUGGAUGUGGAUCUGAUCUCAGAGACAUUACUCACAGGCUUAGCUGCCAUUGGGACUGGGGUAAAGGGAAGGUGGAUCUAUGGGCAGGAGGCUACAGACCUGUUACUGGAUAUAAACACGGCUCAUAAUCGUGUAUCUGUAUCAGGGGACAGGAAAUCUGCUUCCUACUCACUAACAAAACUACAUUACCCACAAUCCCCAGAGAGAUUUCAGGAUUAUCCUCAGUCUUUAAGCAGCAGGAGUUUCCCCUCAGGGCGACAUUACUGGGAAGUGGAGGGCAGUGAAUCAGGGGUGUGGGGGGUAGGGGUGGCCUAUCCCAGUAUAGAGAGGAGAGGGGGUCAGUCCAGUAUUGGGAAUAAUAACAAGUCCUGGUGUUUGUAUAGAUGGGAUGAUAAUAACAGAUAUUCAGUGAGACAUAACAGUAAAUGGACAGAUUUACCCCACGUCUCUUCCUGCAGGAGAAUCAGGAUCUCAUUGGACUAUGAGGCCGGACGUCUGUCCUUUUAUGAGCUGAGUGAGCCAAUCAGACACUUACACACCUUCACUGCCACAUUCACUGAGCCCCUUCAUGCUGCAUUCAGGGUGAAUUCGGAGGGUGCCUGGGUGAGAAUCAUUAGUUAGGACACUGCCCACUGAGGUUUUAGAUAAAAUCACAUACAUCCCCACAUUUAAAAAAUAUAAAGAGAGACAAAAAUAUCUGGCCAUUUUCUGACCACACCCCCACAUCACUGUUCAUUUCACAAAAUUAGGCAGGUUACGGAGCGUGUAAAUACAUUUCUGGGUAUGUAAAGGUUAUGCUUUAUUUGUUAUUACAGUUUUGUUAAUGAAGGUGAAAUUGCCCUGAAGGCUAUGGGCACACAGGCUGUUGGCUCUGACUAUUUUGUGUACUUGGACUGAUCUCAGCUUGUGUGUGUGUAUGUGUGUGUGUGUGACACAGGCUGAUCAGAUUGAAAUCAAUGGAGUGGGGGCAGGGAGCAAAACUACUUCUCUCAGCCUGCAAAAAUACAUAGUCAGAGAACAGCUGGAGCCUUCAGCCUGUGUGUCCAUAGCCUUAAAAAAGCUGAGCAUCUGAGUUCCCCCACGAGACCUGCUUAUUUUAUCAGUUACAAUUGUAUCUCAGUGCAGGUGCUGAGUAUUCUGGGCUCUAUGCCAAAAGCUUCUUAUCUCAUUAAGUUUCUGGUGUCAGUGCAGAAGAUCAAAGGGAAAUGUGGGACAUUUCUAUAAGAAUCUGAGACUUGGGGGCAAAUUCACGAAGCGCCUAACGCUAGUGUGAAUUCACUACGAAUCUUAGUGAAUGUCCCACUAUGGGUUGAGACAGGUGGGAGAUAUAAAAUCAGAGGAUACAUUAUAACUCUUCCAGUAGAACUAAACCAAUCAGUGCAGCCCUAAUAAGUACUAGAUUAUAAUUAAUUGUUUUCCUCUCCUCCCAACAAUUUAUCUCAUCAGGAAUUAUCUAGACUGGAUGUGCUGACACCUCCAAAAUGUACAACACAGUCACUGAGAAAGAGACUCCAAGAGGAGAAAAUUGUCACACAGUCCCGAUUCAUUUGUGAAAAAAGUGCUUUUCUUAAAUGUGAUUUUUUUAAUUGAAUGUGAAAUAAAGUGAGUAUUGAUUAUA